AUGCCCCAAUCCUGGUUCACUUUGAGAUUGGAAGCUACGAAUCGACAGCUAGGGGUCGCAUUGAGCAACGUCUUGAUGCUUCGACACCAUAUGUCGAUUUCCCGCGACCGCCCCCCCGUUGGAAGCUAUGUAUCGAGUGCUAGGGAAGGCGCAGGAUGCUCCGACGCCAUAUAUCGCUUUCCCGCGACCCACCCUGUGGAUUCAUUAGACCUUGAAGCUACGCUGUCCCUUCGACGUCGGAAGAACGUGUCAUUUUCGAAGCGGGUCAGCAUGCAGAUGUGCGGGGAUGUAUGGAGGACGCAUCAUACAACAUCAGUCGUGUAUCGGUAG